GGCAGGCUAAGCUAAGCGCGUUAACGACGUGAAGGUUGUCUGUCCUUUCGACGCCAACUGAAUGACGUAACCUGCUGGCUGAGAGUCAAACAAGCUCACCUGGAUCAACCGAGGAAGGUGUCGCUGCGCAUUCUAAGUCCAAACUUCAUGAGGACUUUGGAGACGUUUCCUCUCACAGCGCCACCUCGUGGGCAUUUUCUGAGGUGCGGGUCCUAAGGAAACGUGUGUUUCGAUUCCGCCGUCUUCUUCCGCCCGCCGUUUUAAGGCGACGUCACGGAUGGCGCGGCACAGCAAGCUGCAGAAGCAGGUCUUGGCUCUCUACCGAGAGUUCCUGCUGGCCGGACGGGACAAGCCUGGCUUCCUGCCCCGCAUCCGAGACGAGUUCCGCGAGAACGCCGGCGGCAUCAAGAAGACUGACGUGAUGCACAUCGAGUAUUUGUACCGGCGAGCUCAGCGGCAGCUCGAGCAGCUCAAGGACGUCAACACCAAACAGCUGGGAACCUUCGCCAAAAACCGAGAGCGCAGCUGACCACUGGCCGAUACAAACGCUGACCGACUGACUGUCAAUCACGUCUCGGUUCGCGCUGUUAACGUUUCAUAUAAUGAUGGCACAUGACUGUAAAAGACUCAUUUGAGUUGUGUUAAUCUUUUUUUGUUUAAAUACAUCAACAUGUCAACACGCGUCUACGUGUCUGAUACAAAGAGAUAAAACACGCGGUAAACAUUUAACCACAACAUGGAAACACGUGGGUCAUUUUCAUAUUAUUUGAUCAGUAACGGUAAAGACAAAAAUUCUGGUAUAACGUGUAUGAGCUGCAUGUAAUCUUCUUUUCGUUUCGGCUUGUCCGUUAAAGCUAUAAUCCACAACAGUUUUU